AUGGCAGUCACCGAAUCAGUCAGCACUGGCCGCGUAGUCGGCGCCUUGGCUUGCCAGUUGGACUCGUAUCUCAGAACUCUCGAUACCGAGGUUGUUUCGUGUGUCAAGGCACCGGCAGAAGCUAGCAAAGGCUCCAAGAAGAAGAAACAGGAGGCUGCUCCUCAAGAUGAGUGGUUGAUUGAAUGCGCCGAUUCUGUCUUGUUUCCCGAAGGUGGCGGCCAGCCUUCAGAUCACGGCACUAUCACUCUCUUAUCUGGUUCUGAUCAGACCCCAAUCCCCAUCAAAAACGUUCAAAGACAUGGCCUGCGAUGCGUCAUCUACUCUCCCCAGCCUCUAUCUCCUGGUGAUAAAAUUCGUCAAGAGGUAGACUGGGCUCGCCGAUGGGACCACAUGCAGCAACACACUGGCCAACAUCUUCUCUCCGCCAUCAUGAUGAACGACCAUGGCCUCAAGACACUUGGCUGGGGUAUGGGUGCUGCCGGAACUAUGAAUUAUGUUGACAUUCCUCGGAAACCAACCGAGGAGGAGAUACAAAGCAUUCAGUCUCGGUGCAACCAGUUCAUCCGCGAUAAUCUUCCCAUCAAAGUCGAAACCCCUGAUGACGCCAAGCACGAGAAACUUCCUGGAGAUUAUGACAAGUCUGAAGGCGUCGUUCGGGUGAUUCAUAUUGGAGAUAUUGAUAUUAAUACCUGCUGUGGCACCCAUCUCUCUCAAACUUCUCAUGUCUCGCUAGUCAUAAUCGGCUCUACUCAGUCGGUGCAUGGAAAGAACUGUCGUCUCUCGUUCAUGACUGGAGAUAGGGCUGUAUCACUCGCCAAUGCAUCUGUUGGCGCCGUCGGCUCCAUUGCAAAGCUCAUGUCAUCCAGCAGUGCACCGAUUGAAGUUCUUGCAAAGACUUCAACAAUGUGCGAUACUGUGACAGAGUUACGAAGGGUCGAGAGAAAGCUCAUGCUUGAGAUUGCCAAAUAUGAGAGUGAUCGAGUCAACACAGUGAUCCGCAGCGGAAAGAAUGCAUGGGUACAUCGCUCCGAUGGUGGAAUGGAUUUCAUCAACAAGAUUAUAGGCGAGACGAAGGAGACAGUUCAGGGAACUGGCCAUGUUGUUGUCUUUGCCAUAGGCGAGUCAAAGGGUACUGGCCCAGUGGUCAUUGUGGGCGACAAGGAAGCAGUAGAGGACAUGGCGACUAAAGUCAAGGGAGUCGUCAAAGAUAUCAAGGGCGGAGGUGGCGCUGGUAAAUGGCAGGGUAAAGUCAAGGAAUGGCAACACUCUGAGCUGACGGCGCUGAAGGAACUGGUAGAAUCAUAG